AUGAAUCGCUUUGGUGAUAUCGAAGUUUCAUUUAAACGGCUUCCACCUGUUUAUGGUUAUCGCAGUGCAGAACUUGUUUCAAUUGAAAAAGCACUAGAACCUAUUCAGUCUCAAAUUGAUGAACUACCUUAUUACAUAAAGAUAGCUAAACGUAAUUGUCAUUUUCCGUCAGAACAUGGACUAUCACGUGAUCAAUCAGCUGCUGUUUAUAUCUAUACAAUGGAACGGGGUGAUACUACUUUAUAUCGUGUAUUAAAUAAAGCACUACGAUCUGAAAAUCGACAAGCAUUAAAGAUAUGGUUUCCAUAUUUAAAAUUAUUUGAUACGGCAUUGGAUAAAUUACCUACUGUUAAAGAGGUGGUAUGGAGAGGUGUGUCUCUUGAUAUUGGCAAAAACUUCAUCGAAAACCAAAUUGUAACGUGGUGGAGUGUUAAUUCAUGUUCGUCAUCGGUCAAAGUUAUUAAAGAUUUUCUUGAUAACGACAAAAAGUCAACUCUUUUUCUUAUUGAAGCUGUUAACGGGAAAAAAAUUGCUGGCUAUACAGAAUAUGAAACUGAAAAGGAAAUUAUUUUACGAAUCGGCUCACAAUUCCGUGUGGAGAGCGAUGUUUUAAAGCAAUCGAAUGGCUCACAUCUUGUACAUCUGAUUGAAAUUGAUGAUAACGAUGAUCAACCAUUAGCAUCAGCUAUGAAUGAUAUGCAUCUGGCAGCAGCAAAACUACCAAUUAAAACUACUUCUGAGAAAGUUAUAAUAACAAAAUUUCGACAAAUACAAAAGAAUGGUUGA